GGUAAUAAUUCGUAUACACCAACUGGAAUAGAAAAUAUGACUUUGCUGAUUCUCAAACCAUACGCAACAAAAUAAAUAAAAAAUCCCUGGCCACAAUGUCUUACGAAGUGGAGGAAAUCUUGGAUCUCGAACAAGCGAAGCAUAAACCGGAUACAGGAAAUGAAGGUCCAAUCGACGUUAACAUCAAAAUUGUGGGCGAGCUGAUCGAAUCUUCAAUCAACUUAUUCAACAGAUCGAACAACGUAACCGUGGUCAGUAAUGUGACGGAAGUGGUGAAAGAAUCGACAAGUCAUCGAAACGUUUUCGAGAGCGAACUGAUUAUACCUUUAUAUGUAAUAAUAUUUGUUUUGUCGGUUGUCGGAAAUUGCGCCGUGUUGUUGACUUUGUUCAAGAAUAAGAGAAUGAGGACUGUUACCAAUGUUUAUCUUGUUAAUUUGGCUGUAUCAGAUUUACUAUUGGGGGUGUUUUGUAUGCCUUUUACUUUGGUUGGCCAAGUGUUGAGGACUUUUAUAUUCGGAUCCAUCAUGUGUAAAUUAAUUCCCUACUUUCAAGCUGUUUCGGUAUCUGUAGCCGUUUGGACCCUGGUUGCAAUCUCCUUGGAACGGUACUUCGCGAUUUGCCGCCCGCUUAAGUCUCGUCGAUGGCAAACGCAAUUUCACGCCGUCAAAAUGAUACUUAUAGUAUGGGUGGUGAGCUUAUCGUGGAGCUCCCCUAUUCUCGUCGUGUCGUCUCUGCUCGCCAUGAAAAAAGGGUACAAAUGUCGAGAGCACUGGCCGAGCAAACUGGGCGAGCAAGUUUUUAAUAUUGUGCUCAACAUAAUGAUGCUUUUAAUACCGUUGCUCAUAAUGUGCGUCGCCUAUUCCCUAAUAAUGUCGAAACUCUGGAGAGGUCUGAGACGGGAAAUGGAGCACAGCAACUCUUGUCAAAGGCAAAUGUUAGAUCGCGCCUAUAGUUCACCGACAAUCAACGAGCUGAUGGCGAAAAAUAACAAUUCUACGACGGAAUCGAACAACUUGAUCCCCUUGAGGCAAUUCCGCAACAGACUUCCCAAGUUUAUCAGAAGCAACGUCAACAAAAACGGCACAGCAGCGAACAAUAAACCGAAAGACUGCAUUGUUCAGAUUAAUACCCCUCCAGGCAGAGUCUCUAACAAUGGGUAUAGCCACACAGUAGGUAGCGGUAACAAAUUAAUUAGGACUGGCUCCUUGAAUCAAGUUAAUAGGGGAUAUUCAUCUGAAGAAGAACCAACUCCCAUUGUUCAAGAGACCAGAGUCAAUGAAGACACUUACAAAUUUUCCAGAAAAACUGUCAGGAGUAAUAAUAUGGAUAAGAGUAUUGUGGCCAAGAAAAAGGUGAUAACAAUGUUGUUCGUAAUGGUGACGGAAUUUUUUAUUUGCUGGGCCCCCUUGCAUUUUAUCAACACUUGGUAUCUAUUCGAUCCGGAAACCGUCUACAAAUACAUCGGCUCGACCGGCGUCUCUCUCGUUCAACUUCUGGCUUACAUCAGCAGCUGCUGCAACCCCAUUACUUACUGCUUUAUGAACCGAAAGUUCCGUCAAGCCUUUUUGUCGCUGUUCCAGACCUCACGUUGUUGCUGUGUAAAAAACCCUCAGGUAGAAAAAACUUGCCCACGCAAUGGAAUUAUAAAACUUCCUCACAUCCAAUCGGACGCAUCAUGCAAUGAUUCAACAAUUUAUGUUAGACGUCCUAGUAAUCCUGGACGCUCUGAGUUAGUCGAAUUAGAAGCCGAGGAACGUGUUUAGCGGCGGCUCGGAUUCUUAUACAGCCGCUCCAUCCUCGUCAACUAGUUUCUCCAAAUUGACGCAGGUUGUCGAAACUGACCCGGAAGAUGAGUCGUUUAGGUUUAAAAUUAAAUGGAUCCGAACAUCGAAUGAACAUACAGGCCCCCUUUAUUCAUAGUAGUAUAGUAUUAUAUAUAAUACUGAUUUUGGAUAAUACAAAAAUAACAAGAAAUUACAUUAAAGUAAACAAAACGCACCCUUUAUUAAUCACAAGGUGUGUCAUGUAUAAUUUGUUAAAUA